UCCUGAGGCACGUCUUGUUGGCUUGCUGUUGUUAUUGCAUGCCGUUGUUAUUGCAAGUUUCGUGGCCUCCCUCCUGACCGGAGAAAACACACACACGCACCACGGUGAAGUUAUUGUCGUACAGGAAGUUGUACAGAUCGAGUGUAGCCCGCAACGGCGGCGAGUUGCAGAGCGGUCGCCGCUGCGGCUGUACGGGAGCCAGCUGGCCCGUAUCGCCGAUGAGCUGGAGGCGCAGCGGCUCCAGGUUGGCGUACUCAAGGGCAGCGGGAGAAAGGCUCCCGCGAACCCGCCCCGUCCCCAUCGCUUUUUCCCGCGCGGGCGCCCGCCCGUCUGCGCGGGCCCUGCCACCUUUGGCGGCACCAUGUCUCUUCCCCCCGUCGUCGCCAUAGACAAUGGCGGUGGGAACUGCAAGGUUGGAAUGGCCGGCCAGCCAACACCCACACGGGUUUUUCCCAACGCGUCCGCAAAGCCCAAAGGCGAGCGGCAGACUCUCAUCGCGGACCUUCUCGCUGAUACCAAGGAGGUCUCCCAGCUGCAGCUGAAGAGGCCCUUUGACCGGGGGUACCUGUGUAAUCUGGAGCUGCAGCGGGAGAUCUGGUCUCGGGCCGUCCGUACAGUCCUGCGCCGUACACCCAGCGAGUGCGGGCUGCUGCUGACGGAGCCGCUGUUCAAUUUCGAUGAAAUACGAGCUGACACACAAAAGGUGCUGCAGGGCGGCGUACGGCGGAUCAAUCUGGGGGGUAAGGCUAUGACCAACUACCUCAAGGAACUCGUGUCGUACAGGUACGUCUUGUCGUACGUAAACGCCGCCCGUUCCCCCCAUCGCCGUGAGUUCGUACUGCCGGACGGCGUUCACAAUUUGCGGGGUUAUUUGAGGGACCCGAAGGAGUGGUCAGCUAAGGUGGAGUCCAUCAAGCAGGCAGUUCGAGAGGCGGAAUCGCUGGAGGAGAAGAAACGGCUGGCGGCACAACUAGAGGCCGACCAGGUGCUCGUGCUCAACAACGAGCGGUUCAUGGUUCCGGAGCUGCUCUUCCACCCCGACGAUAUCGGAUUGCACCAGGCCGGCGUGGCGGAGGCCGUGGUGCAGGCCGUCACUGCAACACACCCAGCACUGGCGCCGCUGUUGUACAGCAAUGUCGUACUUACAGGCGGUGUGACCAGCUGCCCGGGCUUCAAGGAGAGAUUCACCGCUGAGCUUCGAGCUCUGGUGCCUGAUGACCACCAGCUGAACGUAUUCCAGCCACCUGACCCCGCGCUUUUUGCUUGGGAGGGCAUGUCCAUGUUUGGAUCGUCGUACUUGUACAACAGCGUGGCGGUGACGAAGGCGCAGUACGAAGAGAGCGGAUCCUGGGCCGCACAUCGGCAUUACUCUUAGCACAUAUGACAUACAUACAUGCAAACACACACUCCGAAAGCUCUCCAGGGAUGGCAGGGUGAUCACACAAUGGGGGGCGGGGGGUUAAAUGACAUGAAAUUCAAAAUCAUUUUUUAAGUUUGUAGCGGGGGAGGGGAAGAGGGAGAGGGGGAGGGGGGCGGGCAAAGGUGGACGGCAAACCGGCCCUACGCCGUUACCUUCCGGGGGAAGAGAAAUCAGAGGCGGGCCGGCGAGUGGGGCGCUGCGGCUCACGACGUCUCUUCACGCGGGUGCACACGGCGGAUAACGGCUGAUGAUGUCCCACAAGAAACGCUCCCUCCAAGGGGAAAUGGGCCCUGUUGCAGAUAAUGAUGCCCUGCUGAGGGGGGCUGUGGAUGCGCCAUGUGGGUCGGAGUUAGUCGGAGUUGCUAAUACACGUGUAAAGUUUGUAAUUCG